AUGGGCAGGAAGUGGGUGGACGGAUGCCUCCUCCGCGCUUUGUGGCCUCUGCGGGGCUUUCCUCUUCCGUUCAACGACACGAACAUUUGGCGCCCUCCGUGCUUCCAGCGCAGCGACGCAUACGUGUUAGGAGCUAAAGGUGCCCUCUGCCCCAGCCCUCUGCCCCAGCCCUCUGCCCCAGCCUCUCUGCCCCAGCCCUCUGCCCCCAGCCCCUCUGCCCCAGCCCUCUGCCCCCAGCCCUCUGCCUCUGCCCAGCCCUCUGCCCCCAGCCCUCUGCCCCAGCCCUCUGCCCUCUGCCCAGCCUCUGCCCUCUGCCCCAGCCCUCUGCCCCCAGCCUCUGCCCCCAGCCCUCUGCCCCAGCCUCUGCCCCAGCCCUCUGCCUCUGCCCCAGCCUCUGCCCCCAGCCCUCUGCCCCUAGCCCUCUGCCCCCAGCCCUCUGCCCUCUGCCCAGCCCUCUGCCCCCAGCCCUCUGCCCCCAGCCCUCUGCCCCAGCCCUCUGCCCCCAGCCCUCUGCCCCAGCCCUCUGCCCCAGCCCUCUGCCCUCUGCCCAGCCCUCUGCCCUCUGCCCUCUGCCCCCAGCCCUCUGCCCCCAGCCCUCUGCCCCCAGCCCUCUGCCCCCAGCCCUCUGCCCUCUGCCCAGCCCUCUGCCCCCAGCCCUCUGCCCCAGCCCUCUGCCCUCUGCCCCAGCCCUCUGCCCCCAGCCCUCUGCCCCAGCCCUCUGCCCCCAGCCCUCUGCCCCCAGCCCUCUGCCCUCUGCCCAGCCCUCUGCCCCCAGCCCUCUGCCCCAGCCCUCUGCCCCCAGCCCUCUGCCCCCAGCCCUCUGCCCUCUGCCCCAGCCCUCUGCCCUCUGCCCCAGCCCUCUGCCCCAGCCCUCUGCCCCCAGCCCUCUGCCCCAGCCCUCUGCCCCCAGCCCUCUGCCCCCAGCCCUCUGCCUCUGCCCCAGCCCUCUGCCCUCUGCCCCAGCCCUCGGCCCAGCCCUCUGCCCCAGCCCUCUGCCCCCAGCCCUCUGCCCCAGCCCUCUGCCCCCAGCCCUCUGCCCCCAGCCCUCUGCCCUCUGCCCCAGCCUCUGCCCUCUGCCCCCAGCCCUCUGCCCUCUGCCCAGCCCUCUGCCCCCAGCCCUCUGCCCCCAGCCCUCUGCCCCAGCCCUCUGCCCUCUGCCCCCCAGCCCUCUGCCCCCAGCCCUCUGCCCUCUGCCCCAGCCCUUCUGCCCUCUGCCCCAGCCCUCUGCCCCCAGCACUCUGCCCUCUGCCCAGCCUCUGCCCCCAGCCCUCUGCCCCCAGCCCUGAUCUGACUGCAGCUUUACCAACUGUAUAUCCUCACAUUGACACUCAGCCCAGCCAGAGUCACACAGCACAGACGCAGCACAGACACAGCACAGACGCAGCACAGACGCAGCACAGGACACAGCACAGACACAGCACAGACGCAGCACAGACGCAGCACAGACGCAGCACAGACACAGCACAGACGCAGCACAGACACAGCACAGACGCAGCACAGACGCAGCACAGACGCAGCACAGACGCAGCACAGACGCAGCACUGA